GGUAAUGUAUACACUUAUUACUUCUUAACAAUUAAAAACUGUCAUCAAGGCUGCCACCCUUGAUCACACAAUUGUUCAUUGUUUUCUAACCCAAAGUUGGGGACAUGACACAGAGAAUACCAAUUGAUGUUGCUGGAUCACUGUAAAAGCGCGCGGUUUUUACUCGGUCACAGGCAGUAUAGAUAUCUACCCUACAGUCAAUGACUUUUUCUAAAGGAUAUUUUCUGGUGAAAAUUUUGAAAGAGUCUGCGGGCCAAUUUUAUUCGUUCCUGUAUACAAAUGGGUUCAAAUUCAAGCUAUUGUACAGAGGCGAUCAACCAGACGUCUGGAUCAGGUGAUGGAGGCAGUUUUGAUUGCAAUAUAUGCUUAGAAUUAGUACAAGACCCUGUGGUUACUCUGUGUGGGCAUCUCUUCUGUUGGCCCUGUCUGUAUAGACAGCUACAAGAGCCCUCAAUAUACAAAGAAUGCCCUGUCUGCAAGACCACUGUAGUGGAAGAUAAGGUGAUUCCCUUGUAUGGAAGGGGCAAAGUGAGAUCGGCUGAUCCAAGGACAAAGUCGGUGCCCGAUGUGAGUAUCCCGCAUAGACCCUCUGGACAGAGGCCUCAUACAGUUAGGACUGAUACAGACCACCAUUACCAAUCCCAUGACUUCAAUUUUAUGGCAGGGCCAGGUCAUACGCCUGUUGGGUCCUUCGAAAAUAUAAUAUUUUCAGCGGGGUUUGGGCUGUUUCCUUCCCUUUUUGGAUUCCAAAUGCAUGGUUUUGCUCAUGCACCUUAUGGCAGUACGGAAAUGCCCAAUGGGUUUCAUCAUGGAGGUCCUCAGCAUGCAAUGAGACAACAUUGGCAGCAGGAGGCCUUCCUGUCAAAUCUGUUCCUAUUCCUGCUUUGUUGUUUAGUUGCCUGUCUUCUGUUUCUCUGA